CGGCUUAUUUCACCUAUAUACAUUUUUCCGGAAAUAUAAAGGUUGCGUUUACUAUAUCGUGGUUAGCGGGCAAAUUUAGUUUCCUGUUACAAGCGUGGGGAAAAUGGCAACACCAAAAUACAAACUCGGAAAUAUACCAUUAGAUAAAUGGUCUAUUAGAGAACGGCUGGCUCUAGCAUGCUCUGUUUUGAGGAGUGGUGAUCAAAAUUGGGUAUCUGUGAGCAGAGCUAUCAAGGCCUACGGAGAACCAAACAGACCACCGGAAUGGUUCUCUCAGAAGAACUGUGCAUUGCAGUAUGCAGACCUUCUUGAGAAAGUGGAAACACCUAAGAGGAAAGGCAGGGAUCGCGGUGAGGUGGAGACACCGAGUCUACAGAUAAUGAGAAAACUUACCAUAGAGAGGAUAGAGGAACUGAAGAAAACAGUGAUGGAACAGGAACAAAAAUACAAGAAAUUAAAGAAAGAAGUGGAAAUGAUCAAAUCAGGACAAUGGGAUGACAGACUGCCUAAUAUUUACCAACAGAUGCUCAGUGAGAAGAAGGAAGCUGAGGAGGCGGCAAGACAAGCCGAGAUGUUAGCGACUGAGACGUCAGCGACUGAAUCUGCCCAAGCCUCCACCGCAGAAAGUCAAACAGAAAUGGAGACGGAGGAAAAUGACCAAGAAACAGAGAAUAAAGAGAUUGUUGUGGAGGCUAACAUCACCAAUAUAACAAGUGAAGAGAAAACUGCCUUAAAGGAGCCCCUUACUGUAAAGAUAGAACCUGCCUCAGGGGGAGAAGAAAAACCCAAGCCUACCCCCUCCCCGACACGAUUACUUACCACUCUUCUGUCCAGUAAAACGAGCAAAUUGGAUGAUCUGAAGGAACUCAAAGAGAAAACGGAGCAGGAGCAGGCCAAGGCUGAGGCUGCCGUAGCCGCUGCUUCUACCACAGUUACCACGGUAACAGAGACGCCGGUAAAGAAAACAGAACAGGGAGAGUCGGUGGGAGCUGUAUCAGCCAUUGAACAGACACCAUCUAGUACUGCCCCAACACUGCAAUUCCAAACUCCUACAUAUGGAUGCGUAAACAAAUCUGACCUUUACGAGAAAUAUAUACACGAUGUCCCCCGUCGGGGAACCACGACCGACACCCCCAGCAGUAGUAACACCAUCCCAGUAGACGAGGAAAUUGUUGAGAUAGAAGAAGUGAAGGAAGAGGAAGUGGGGGAACAGGAAGUCAAAAUCAAAGAGGAAGUUGUCAAUGUUGAUCAGGACGAGAGCCAAGAGUCCACAGACACGGGGUUUGUACAGCUGGACGAGGAAGUCUCAAUAAAGGAGGAACCAAUGUCCCCCGCUAGCAGUGUCUCCUCCAAAGUCAGCGAGUGUGAUGUUACGAGUAGGUCAGGGAGCAGACGCAGCAGUCGAGGUCGACAGUCAGCUAGGAGAAGAGGAAGCAAGAGAUCAAGGAAACCCAUGAGUGUGAAGGAUGAGGACAGCAGAUCAAGGUUAAGUGACGGGGACACGACAGAGGAGGAGACCGCCCGGGAGAGUGAUGAUAUGUCUGUGUCGGGGAAUAUCGCGAACGUCCCCACACCAUUCACCGAGUCCAUUCCUAGCAGUCCCCUCUCUCACUGCAGUGACACAGAAGAUGAGAAAGCUUACAAGAACUGGAAAAAGUCCAUCAUGUUGGUCUGGAGAUCAGCGGCCAAUCACAAAUAUGCAAAUGUGUUCUUGCACCCAGUGACCAAUGAAAUUGCUCCUGGAUACACCACUAUUGUUCACAGGAGAAUGGAUCUGAGUCAGAUUAAGAAGAACAUCGAGAGCGGCGUGAUUCGUACGACGGCGGAGUUCCAGCGAGACAUGAUGCUGAUGUUUACUAACGCCAUCAUGUACAACAACUGUAACCACAGGGUCCACAAAAUGGCCGUCGAAAUGUACAAUGACGUUCUCCAGCACAUUGAGCAAUAUGUGAGUACUCAGCUGAUGGUCCAGAAUGCGGACACCAAGUUACUGAGGGGCUCCAGACGGGUGGACACCAGUGAUAAGGAAGAGGAGAGCAAAAGAAGACGUACCUCCUCAGAGCAACAUGGCGAGGGAGGGAAAACCAAGAAACGAAAAACGAGAGCAGACGACACGUAAACAGCAAUGUACUGAAACAUAAACAAAGCACAACUGAUUCAACAACAAGGCACAACUUAUGAAACUAAAGCAGACUAUACAGAAACAAGGGAGGACUGAUUCAUAAGCAAUUUGCACAACUGAUAAACCUUUGUCAACUUAUUAUGAUGUAACGAGGGAUUAAGAUGGCAUUUCUUACUCUGUGAAGAUGUUCAUAUCAUUUAUGUUAAAUGUUGUAGUAUAAACAUUGAAAUAAACAAUUGUCAGAAACAAAACAUUUUUGA